AUGGACUAUAAGGUUGGUCAGCCACUGGUUCAGAAGGAAGAGCCCCUAUUCCACCCGGAGACGGGUGCGCUGCCUGCUCAAAUAGCGAAUUUGCAGCACUCUUGGAAUGCCGCUUACGUGGAUGGUGUUUGGCGCCUCUAUGACUGCACCUGGGCCGCUCAGCGUCUUGCCAUGGGUACGCGCGAGGGCCUCCCCAAAUCCUCCCAAGCCGUCACUCUACAAUACGAGACCGACAUGUUCUAUUACCAAGUUGAUCCUACCAAACUCAUCUACACACACUACCCUUUCGAGGAUGUGUGGCAGCUCAUUGACCCUCCUGUCUCCAUCGUGAGUUUCGCCACAUGGCCACUGCUGAAACCCGCUUUCUUUCAAUAUGGACUUCAGUUGUUCUCCCAUCAAGAAGGUGUUGUUGCUGUCGAAAACCAACUUGUUUUGAAAUUGAAAAUUCUCCCUGAGAAUGUCGGAAGGCUUCUCUUUACCUAUCAGCUCAACCUCGAAGGUUUCGGGAAUAUUGAUGUGGGUUCAAGUAAGACACGAUUUGGCAUGCAUGAAAUCGCUCCUGAGGAAUCAUGCGUGGUUUUCCGCUUUCGACUACCAAAGAAAGGUGAUUACAACCUUGUCAUCUACGCCAGGCACUCCGGCGAACAGCUCUUCUCUGAUGUUUGUGAAUACCGGGUCACAGCGAAGGGGAGGGAAGGGGAGGGCAAUUCCCUCACUGCCUUGCCUUUUCCCCCCACUGCACAGGCAAACUACGGCCCCACCGAGAAGGCCUAUGAGUACGGCCUUGAGACACUGCCUCGAGGGCUCCCUCCGCUCAUUAAAAGCCCUAAGGGAACUGUGGAAAUACGUUUCAUUGUUGCUGAAAUAGAGAAUCGCAUCCCCCGUCUUACAGCUCGCCUAAAGUCACUUUCAGUGAAGCCAGAGUUGCUGGAGAAUUGUGUUCUCCUAAGGGACAUUGAGGCGUCAAUGCCAACCACUGGAGUGUCAGUGCUUACAGGAACAGGUCCUUGCGUUCCUAUGUCAGUCCUCAAUGCUUACUUACCCGAGGCUGGAGAGUACGCCCUCGAGGUGUACGCCGCACCGCCCGAUUCCGCCGAACCCACAGCCUACCACCUAGCCUGGCAGUUCCUUAUUGAGGCAGAGGCGGGGAAACCUCUCUCUGUUCCACUUCUCAGCCGCUUAGCUACAAUAAAUCUCGGUCCACAGGACGAUACUUGGCAAAAUCUUGGCUUUCGCACGCUCAGCCAUCCUGAUCCACUGGUGCGAGUGAGAACUGCGGGUCGAGCAGGCUCUGAGCGCCUACUGAGACUGAAAAACAAGUCGCAGAUUCUGCAACGCUUCAUGGGCUCUCAAGGUAUUCAUCUGCAGCAGGCGGAGCUGGGUGAACCUAGUGAAGAGUCCUCUCAUAUGGAAGAGACUAACGUUGGGGAAGAUCAAGGUCCUCUGCAGGUGGACAGAGAGGCCUGUGAUCUCCAAAUCAUACUGGGAUUGCCCGAACAGAAUAAAGUUUGUCUUAUAAGCCAACUUGUGGAUAUUUCUGAAGAAGAAGAAGAGGACGUAACGGGCUAUCUGCUACAGAAAGCAAAUGCUCUCGAAGACGAUGAACCCCAGCCUGGUGACAGGACAAGUACAUUGAGCAGAGAUAUACCAAGCCAGGUGGUCAACUUACUCAUUCGAAUACCGAAGGGUGGUUCAUUCUACAAACUGUAUCUCUAUGCCGUACCAAUGGAGCAGAAUAUCACAGGCUCUAUCCCGCUUGUCUUUACCUACUUGAUAGACGCUCCAUUGCGUCUGAGCGCUGCCGAGGCGCCGUAUAUUGGUGCCACUGCGGGCGAAUUUCCCGAGAAGAUAGAAAAGCGCGAGGCCGCUGAGGAGGCUGCGGCGGCCAAGGGACAUCGCUGA